ACCUCACGCUUCAGAGCAGCAUCGGCUGCUGCUUUUCACCGCCGCUGCAGUGUCACGGUGCGCCGUGCACGCACUCCCAAUGGCACCCGGCGGCGGCGGCGGCAUCAGAGCCCCUUCGCCAGACCUCCCAGUCCCAGCCCGGCAAAAGUUCGCAAACUCGACGAGAAGACCACGGGCUUAUUCCGCUGCCAGUGCGCUACCGAGACUCCCACGGCCUCAGUCGAUCAGACGCGGAGCCGUGGUGGUAGUGGUAGCAUGCGCCCGCGGAAGCGAGCAGCAAUCCUCUCCGGCCGUCGCGGCAAAGGUGCGGCCCGAGCCCGGCACGCUCAGCGUCGAGUUCCGGACGCGGGACGGCUGCCGGCUCGGCAUCGCCAGGUACCCGGACUUCGCGUACAACGCGCAGGGCGGCCGCGGCGUGGGCGCCGGGCGCGGGUCGAAGAGCGGGGAGGAUGAUGGCAUUGGCACGGUACUCGUCGACUUCGACGUGGCGACCCUGUACAUCCCGCCCAUGUCCGGCGCGACGACCAGGUUCCUCGGCCUGCCGCUACCGCCGUACCUCAAGAUCGAUAUCUUGCCCGAGGCACUGGGCGGAACCAUCGAUCGAGCCACUGGUCAGGUUGAUCUCAAGUUUAGAUCGAGGUUCUGCUUCUCGGUUGGGAGCGUCUACAAAGCGCCGCCACUGUUCGUCGAGACAACACUGACCUCCGAGGAGUCGAGGGGAGCCAUAAGAUCCGGCACCGGAGAAAGAAUGGACGAAGAAGGCAGAUGCAGGCUGGUUGGGGUGGCCGUCGUCGACCCAAUUGAUGACCUCUUCAUGAACACAUUUCUCAGCCUGCCCACCGAGUGCAUUGCUUACUUGAGCGCCACCAUUUCCAUAGCCGCUGCGAGAUGAACGUCUUUAUUGCUGGCUUACAUUGAAAAUAUAAUGCGCGCGCCGAUUUCUUUUUCUUGUAAAGAUUAGCCAAGGCUCGGCCAUAUCGCUUCAGUUCAUAUUGGAAACCUGAAGUACACUACUAUCGAUCA